GCGGCGAGCGGGGCCUUCCGCGAGCUGCUGGAGGCCUGCCGCAAUGGGGACGUGACGCGCGUGAAGCGCCUGGUGGACACGGGCAACGUGAACGCCAAGGACAUGGCGGGACGCAAGUCCACGCCGCUCCACUUCGCUGCCGGUUUCGGAAGGAAGGAUGUUGUAGAGCACUUGCUACAGACGGGAGCCAACGUUCAUGCUCGUGAUGACGGAGGGCUGAUACCCCUUCACAACGCCUGCUCUUUUGGUCAUGCUGAAGUGGUUAGUCUGUUACUGUGUCAAGGGGCAGACCCAAACGCUAGAGACAAUUGGAACUACACUCCUCUGCAUGAAGCUGCUAUCAAGGGGAAGAUAGAUGUGUGUAUUGUGCUGCUGCAGCACGGAGCUGAUCCAAACAUUCGGAACACCGAUGGGAAAUCCGCGCUGGAUCUGGCAGACCCUUCAGCAAAAGCUGUGCUCACGGGUGAAUACAAGAAGGACGAACUCCUGGAAGCUGCUAGGAGUGGUAAUGAAGAAAAACUGAUGGCUUUAUUGACUCCUUUAAAUGUGAACUGCCAUGCAAGUGAUGGGCGCAAGUCCACUCCUCUACACCUAGCAGCAGGCUACAACAGAGUUCGAAUAGUCCAACUUCUGCUUCAGCAUGGUGCAGAUGUUCACGCAAAGGAUAAAGGUGGUCUUGUGCCUCUUCAUAAUGCAUGUUCAUAUGGACACUAUGAGGUUACGGAGCUGCUGCUUAAGCAUGGUGCCUGUGUGAAUGCUAUGGACCUCUGGCAAUUCACCCCCUUGCACGAGGCUGCUUCCAAGAACCGUGUAGAAGUCUGCUCCCUCCUGCUGAGUCACGGUGCGGAUCCCACGUUAGUCAACUGCCACGGCAAGAGUGCGGUCGACAUGGCUCCAACGCCUGAGCUAAGGGAGAGACUGACCUAUGAAUUCAAAGGACACUCUUUACUCCAAGCAGCCAGAGAGGCAGACCUAGCCAAAGUGAAAAAGACACUUGCUUUGGAGAUCAUCAAUUUUAAGCAGCCACAGUCGCAUGAGACUGCACUGCACUGUGCUGUGGCCGCUGUGCAUCCCAAGCGGAAGCAAGUUACAGAACUAUUGCUCAGGAAAGGAGCAAAUGUUAAUGAGAAAAACAAAGAUUUCAUGACACCUUUACAUGUUGCAGCUGAAAAAGCUCAUAAUGAUGUCAUGGAAGUUCUGCAUAAACACGGAGCAAAGAUGAAUGCACUGGACACACUUGGUCAAACAGCGUUGCACAGGGCUGCGUUAGCAGGUCACUUGCAAACCUGCCGGCUCUUGCUGAACUACGGCUCUGAUCCCUCCAUCAUCUCUUUACAAGGCUUCACAGCAGCACAGAUGGGAAAUGAAGCAGUGCAACAGAUUCUAAGUGAAAGUACACCUGUGCGCACGUCUGAUGUGGAUUAUCGGUUGUUAGAAGCAUCCAAAGCUGGAGACUUGGAAACUGUGAAGCAACUUUGCAGCCCUCAGAAUGUGAAUUGUAGAGAUUUGGAAGGCCGUCAUUCAACGCCACUGCACUUUGCUGCAGGAUAUAACCGUGUAUCAGUGGUGGAGUAUCUGUUGCACCAUGGGGCAGAUGUGCAUGCCAAAGAUAAAGGUGGCUUAGUACCCCUGCACAAUGCCUGUUCUUACGGACACUACGAAGUGGCUGAACUCUUAGUGAGGCACGGUGCUUCUGUCAACGUAGCAGACCUGUGGAAAUUCACUCCUUUACAUGAAGCAGCAGCAAAAGGAAAAUAUGAAAUCUGCAAACUGCUUUUAAAACAUGGAGCUGAUCCAACAAAAAAAAAUCGAGACGGGAACACUCCUCUAGAUUUGGUAAAAGAAGGAGACACAGAUAUCCAGGACUUACUGCGAGGAGACGCUGCCUUGCUAGAUGCUGCCAAAAAGGGGUGCCUGGCACGAGUGCAGAAGCUAUGUACUCAAGAAAAUAUCAAUUGCAGAGACACCCAGGGAAGAAAUUCAACACCACUACAUCUUGCAGCUGGUUACAACAAUUUGGAAGUAGCUGAAUACCUUCUUGAGCAUGGUGCCGAUGUUAAUGCCCAGGACAAAGGAGGAUUAAUUCCCCUACACAAUGCAGCAUCCUAUGGGCAUGUGGAUAUAGCAGCGCUGUUGAUCAAAUACAAUACGUGCGUAAAUGCAACAGAUAAAUGGGCAUUCACACCAUUGCACGAAGCUGCACAAAAAGGAAGGACACAGCUCUGUGCUCUGCUGUUAGCUCAUGGAGCAGAUCCAACCAUGAAGAAUCAAGAGGGUCAGACACCAUUAGACCUGGCAACAGCUGAUGAUAUCCGAGCUUUGCUGAUAGAUGCAAUGCCUCCAGAAGCUUUGCCUACAUGCUUUAAGCCUCAAGCUACUGUUGUUAGUGCCUCCCUGAUCUCACCAGCGUCUACGCCGUCCUGCCUCUCUGCUGCCAGCAGUAUAGAUAACCUCACUGGGCCACUGGCAGAACUAGCUGUAGGAGGGGCAUCAAACGCUGGUGAUGGAGCAGCAGGAACUGAAAGGAAGGAAGGAGAAGUUUCUGGCCUUGACAUGAACAUCACCCAGUUCCUAAAAAGCCUGGGUCUUGAACACCUUCGGGACAUCUUUGAGACAGAACAGAUAACCCUGGAUGUGUUGGCAGACAUGGGGCAUGAGGAGCUUAAAGAAAUUGGGAUCAAUGCGUAUGGACACCGCCACAAAUUAAUAAAAGGUGUGGAGAGACUUCUAGGAGGACAGCAAGGCACCAAUCCUUAUUUGACUUUCCACUGUGUGAGUCAGGGGACCAUUCUCCUUGACCUUGCUCCUGAUGAUAAGGAGUAUCAGUCCGUAGAAGAGGAGAUGCAGAGUACAAUCCGGGAGCAUCGGGAUGGUGGGAAUGCUGGUGGCAUCUUCAACAGGUACAAUGUCAUCAGGAUUCAAAAGGUUGUGAACAAGAAGUUGCGGGAGAGAUUCUGUCACAGACAGAAGGAGGUCUCAGAGGAGAAUCAUAAUCAUCACAAUGAACGCAUGUUGUUUCAUGGGUCUCCUUUUAUUAAUGCUAUCAUUCACAAAGGAUUUGAUGAAAGGCAUGCAUACAUUGGAGGAAUGUUUGGAGCUGGAAUUUACUUUGCUGAGAACUCCUCAAAAAGCAAUCAAUAUGUGUAUGGGAUAGGGGGAGGAACGGGCUGUCCUACACACAAAGACAGGUCCUGUUAUAUCUGCCACAGACAAAUGCUCUUCUGUAGAGUGACCCUUGGAAAAUCCUUUCUUCAGUUCAGCACAAUGAAAAUGGCUCAUGCGCCUCCAGGGCACCAUUCUGUUAUCGGCAGGCCAAGCGUGAAUGGACUUGCCUACGCUGAAUAUGUUAUCUACAGAGGAGAACAGGCGUACCCAGAAUAUCUCAUUACAUACCAGAUUGUGAAACCAGAAGCUCCCUCACAGACAGCAACAGCAGCAGAGCAAAAGACCUAGUAGCAACAGAGCAGCGAAGAAGGAUGUGACUUCAAUCCUGGACUGGAUGGAUACAUGUUUCAGAAAAUCAGUAUCAUAUAAAAUUCUUAACAACCUGGAAAUAAGCUGUAUGUCUUUUAUAAAGCAUUGCUGUCUUGAAUACGAUAAGAGUAACUCUUGCAUACUCAACUGCUACUGUUCCUUUUGAGGAAAGUUUACAAGGGACUGCCUUUUAAUAACAUAUCUCAGGCUCCUAGUCUCUGCAGUUACCAUGUGUAAAAUAACGUUGUUUUGAUCUAGACUUUGGGAACAUUAUUGUGCAAAUGGAAAUCUUUAUCAGUGCCAUCUCACA